ACUCGAUGCGGUGUCUUGGGACCGGAGCCAGGAUGGCUUCCAAACUUCGAAGGUCUUGGACCAUGGAAGUAAGGGGUAUGGUGUUUAGCUAUGGUACCUAUAUGCUCUGUUUGAUGACAGUGUUAGCGAGCGGGAUGUCACGCAGAAGAGUGGGAGAGGAAGGGCCACAUCUUACGCCAGAACAGGUCAAGCGAAGAGGAGCGGCAUGGUACUGUGUGCUUGGAAUUUAGUGAGGCUAUAGCAAGGAUGGUCCUAAUGAUCCUUGCCUACUACGCUUUCUCCUUUCCUUUACCUUCGCUCCUCUCCUGCACAGCCUCUGCUGGAACAUCCUCUGCUGGAACAUCCUCUGCCUUCGCGUUGUCCUUUCCCUUACCUUUGCUCUCCCCCUCCACAGCCUCUGCUGAAACAUCCUUGGCCUUCCCCUUACCAUUGUUAGUCUUCGCCGUGAGCCCCUCCACCCUCUUCGUCCGAUACGCCCCCAUAUCCACCACCCCCAACCCCCUCCUCGUCCUCAAAAACUCCUCCACAUUCACUGGCGCCUCGUCCCACUCCACCGCCACCGCCCGCAACUGCCUGCGUUCCUCGGAGGUGAGCUUCCGCAACGCGACCUUGCGCCAGGAGAUCAGUUCGGGGAAGCUGGAGGUGCCGACGGCGAACCCGAUGUGGAGCAUGAUGUCGGUGAAGUUGCGCCAGCCUUGGUGGAAGAGGAGGGCGCCGAGGUUGGCGACGGCGGAUUCCAUGUCGUCUUUUAGGGGGAAGGGGCUUGGCAGCGCGGUGGAGGGGGCGAUUGCGGGGAUGGGAGCGCUGGAGGGGGCGGUAGGGGGGGGGUCGGACUGAGGGGGCGCCAUGAUAAUUAUUGAAGGAUGCUCUUGGGUGGACUAGAUUAUUCGAUUUUUGAAACGCGUAGGAGAGGCUUGGAGAAGAAG